AUGUUGCUCACGGUCGCCGCCGCCGCCGCCGUCUUCGGCGGGAGAAGCUGAUUCCACCUCCUGACCGAAGGCCCCCCCCCCGCCCGUUUAAAGUGGCUGCGAGCGGGACUCUUCGUUGAAUAAUCGUGUUGUUGUUGUUUUUCAAACUGUAUAUGGAGCAGGAGGGGAGGGGGUUUGAGGCAAAUUGUCUCCUUUUAAAGAUUGCUGUGGACUUCAGAAGGAACAGUGGCCAAAUAUGCAAGAGAAACGAAAGAUUCAGAUAAUAGAAUGGGAAGACCUGGACAAGCGGAAGUUUUACUCCUUUGGUGUUUUAAUGUCUCUGACAGUCAGAGCCACAGUGUACCCAGCUACACUUAUUAGAACAAGACUGCAGGUGCAGAAAGGGAAUAGUCUUUACCGCGGCACUUUUGAUGCAUUCUUUAAAAUCCUCCGAACCGAGGGAAUACGUGGACUUUACAGAGGGUUUCUUGUUAAUUUGUUCACACUUGUCUCUGGUCAAGGAUACAUUACAACCUAUGAACUUGUGCGCAAUUAUGUAUCCAGGUACACCAACAAUAAUGCCAUCAAGUCCCUUGCAGCUGGAAGUUUAGCAUCUCUCGUGGCACAGACUAUUACAGUACCUAUCGAUGUAAUUUCUCAACAUCUAAUGAUCAUGGGUCAAGGAGAAAAUGUUGGCAGGUUUAAGCCCAGAUCAAAGACAUCUGUGACUUUUGGUCAAUCGCAGGAAAUUAUCAUUCAGAUUUUCAGGUCCGAUGGCCUGAGAGGUUUUUAUAGAGGAUACAUUGCUUCAUUAUUGACAUAUAUUCCUAACAGUGCAUUGUGGUGGCCUUUUUAUCAUUUCUACGCAGAGCAGCUGUCAAAUUUAGCGCCCAGUAACUGCCCUCACCUAAUCCUGCAGGCAGUGGCUGGGCCACUGGCCGCAGCCACGGCCGCUACAGUUACCAACCCCAUGGAUGUGGUCAGAGCUAGGGUUCAGGUAGAAGGAAAGACCUCUUUGAUUGAAACUUUCAAACAGCUUGUGGUUGAAGAAGGUACUUGGGGUAUAACCAAGGGUCUAUCAGCACGCAUCAUAUCCUCAACCCCAACAACCCUGGCCUUGGUGAUUGGUUAUGAAACUCUGAAGAAAAUCAGUCUGAAACCAGAGCUGAUAGAGUAUCGACACUGGUAGUGACUUAACAUGGUACAAAUGAGUCAAUUCCAUAAGGUGAAGUAAGCCUUUGCUGUAACCUCAUUUGGGCAGGACGGCCUAAAAUUUAAAUUGUAAUGAUACAGGGACCUUUUAUUGAAACUCAAACAGAUGAUCUAUAUACAUGUGAACUUACAAUUUUUGAAAAUAUUUGUCAUUCCCAAUUCAACUUAAUUGACAAUUUCACAUUCUGCAGCCAGAUUAUCAUAGUGUGUUACAUCUUACACGAUAAGUGAUUCAAAUCAUUGUGAACAACAGUAGUGUAUUGUUAAGAAAGUAUUAUAUAAUUACUUGCUCUUCAUGAGUAUGAAUACAUAUUUAUUCUGAUGGGUGUUAAUGCUCAAGGGAGAAUAAAGUGAUUGUAAAAUUCUUUAAAUCUUCUAUUUUUAUUAUGUGUGCAUGUGUUCUUCAAAUACACUAUAAUUACAGGGUAUGUUCUUGCCCAGUGUGAAGUGAAAUAAAUGGGUAGAUCAAAAUCUCAUGAUUUAACAUGGCACAUUCCUGCUAUUUGCUAUGGUUGGAUAGAACGUUCUGUAAACUGAAUAAAAAGUCAUCUUGUGA